GGGGAAGGAGAAGAAAAAAGAAAUGGUGAUAAGUGGUGUUAGUAGAGGUGGCACAGAGGAACAACCUGACAGCAACUUGAAACGUCUGAAGCAUGUCGGAUUCUUUUCUUUUUUUGUAUUUUCGUAGCAAAAAUUGUCACAUUUCUGCUGUUUUUUAGCAUUGCUGGCAGAAAUACUGAUUGAUCUAACUCCACAAUAUGCUGCUCACUGUCAAGAUUUGAAAGUCAUCAUUUUUUGCUGCACUUUCACGUGUUAAAAGAAUCCUGUCAGAUCAGGCAAGCCCCUCUUCCCCCCUCCUCCUCCUCCUCUUCCUCCUCCAUGAUCCAUCUUUGUAGUACCACCAGGCAACAGUGGGCGCACCGCUGAAAAAAGUGCACCGGAGCCGAGCAGAGGAAAUAAGGAAAAGAGAAGUCGAAGCAGCUUGAAGCAUCUCCGAGAGAUCAGUCGAUAAAUCUCGGAGUGAAGAAGAAGAAGAAGCUGCCCGAAAAGAGCAACCAGCGUCGAUGCGCCCAAAUCAUGACGACAGUGGCUGCAUGAUUUCUGCCUCCGGCUCGUCAUUACUGUCAUAUGCUGGGCUGCACUUUUAUCUCCUAUGUUUGCGCACGAAGAACUGGAAACCGAAUCCAGCGCAGAGCGCACGGGGAGAUUAUUUUAUUUUUGCUCCUUGGGAAUAAUUACGCGGAGGCAGAUUUAUUUUACGCACCGCUGAUGGACUUUGAAACUUUCCAAUGAAAACUUAUUCUGUGAGUACAGUUUUGAGUGUGUCACUAAAUAGCCCCCCAGUGAUGAGUAAUCCACGACGCAGCAACUGAGGAACCUGUAAAACCCGAUUGCGCGUUUGGAUACUCCGAGCGUCGCCUCGUCUCUUUUCUUUUCUUUUUUUAUUUUUCCUUUCUUUCUUUCACAUGGCUUCUAUCUUCGGCCGUGCAGACACCCCGUGCAUUAUUCAUAUUUCAUGGCUGUAGAGUGCAGCAACAGUAGUGUGCGGAGAAAAAGAACGGUGCAAGUCUAAGUGGGACGAAGACAUCGCACUUUUAUCCAACCAUUACGCACGGGGACUUCGGACUGCAGCAAGUACACACUGGACUUUCUUUUGCUUUUUCGUCAUCGUAGUAUGUCUGCACUUCGAAAGAAAUUUGGGGACGAUUAUCAGGUAGUGACCACCUCCUCCAGCGGGUCUGGAUUCAACCAGCCUCCUCCGGAGAAAAAGAGGAAGAGACAAAGGUUCGUGGACAAGAACGGGCGAUGCAACGUCCAACAUGGGAACCUGGGUGGUGAAACCAGCAGAUACCUGUCCGACCUGUUCACAACACUGGUAGAUUUGAAAUGGCGCUGGAAUCUAUUUAUUUUCAUCCUCACCUACACGGUGGCUUGGCUCUUCAUGGCCUCUAUGUGGUGGUUCAUCGCAUACAUCAGAGGGGACCUCAACAAAGCGCACAAUGACAAGUACACUCCAUGCGUGGCCAACGUCUACAACUUUCCAUCAGCUUUCCUCUUCUUCAUAGAGACCGAGGCCACGAUAGGAUACGGCUACAGAUACAUCACAGACAAAUGCCCCGAGGGGAUCAUCCUCUUUCUUUUCCAGUCCAUCCUCGGCUCCAUCGUCGACGCAUUUCUGAUCGGCUGCAUGUUCAUCAAGAUGUCUCAGCCCAAGAAGAGGGCAGAGACUCUGAUGUUCAGCGAGCACGCCGCGAUUUCCAUGAGAGAUGGAAAGCUCACUCUCAUGUUCAGGGUCGGCAACUUGCGUAACAGCCAUAUGGUGUCUGCGCAGAUCCGCUGCAAACUGCUGAAAUCUCGCCAGACGCCUGAAGGUGAGUUUCUGCCGCUGGAUCAGCUGGAGCUGGACGUGGGCUUCAGCACCGGGGCAGACCAGCUCUUCCUCGUCUCGCCUCUCACAAUCUGCCACGUGAUCGACACCAAAAGCCCCUUCUACGACCUCUCGCAGAGGUCCAUGCAAACUGAGCAGUUUGAGAUCGUGGUGAUACUGGAGGGCAUCGUGGAGACCACAGGAAUGACGUGCCAAGCGAGGACAUCGUACACCGAGGACGAGGUUCUGUGGGGACACCGCUUCUUCCCGGUCAUCUCCUUAGAGGAAGGCUUUUUCAAGGUGGACUACUCUCAGUUCCACGCCACAUUUGAGGUUCCCACCCCUCCUUACAGCGUGAAGGAACAGGAGGAGGCUCUCCUCCUCUCCUCGCCCCUCAUGGCUCCAUCCCUGUGCAACAGCGGAGACAAGAACAGCUCUCUGGACUGCCUGCAGACCCUGGAGGACAAUGACAGCACUACCAAACUGCCUACCAAACUCCAGAAGAUCACAGGGCGGGACGGCUUACCUAAGAAGCUGCUGAGGAUGAGCUCCACCACCUCAGAGAUGACUUACAACUUUGGGGAGCUGCCCAUGAAGCUGCAGCGGAUCAGUUCUGUUCCAGGUGUCUCUGAUGAUAAGCAGGCUGGUAAGGCCUCUAAGAUCAGCACAGAGCCCAUGAGUAAGUCCGUGGCAGACUUACCCCCAAAGCUGCAGCGACUAGCUGGGGGAGGAGGGGGCAGGAUGGAUGGACACUUGCCGCCCAAACUUAGAAAGAUGAAUUCAGAUCGCUUUACAUAAAGCAGACCACCAAUUGUGACUCCUGAUAGCCACUUUUUCCCCUUCCCAAACUAGAGUUCCUCUUGUAAAAUCUAUCAACGGACUACAAUCUUGUAUUUAAAGAAAUAAAGAAUAUGUGCACAAAUAACCUUAUAUAAAGUAGGGUGUUGGAAAUGAGCACACAUGUGCUCCAUUGAAAGACCUCAGAUAUUUUUGUUCCUUUUUUUAAAAAAGAAAAUAGUAAGAUGUACAAUUAGCACAAUCUGGCAUGAAACUGCGCAUGUAAAUGUGAAUCUUAAUUUCUGGCAUGACAUUUGCUAUAAAUUCUUUUGCAGAGAAGAAUUUCAUCAGUGAGUUUGAAGACGAAGGGAAAAUUGCACAAGCCAUAUGAUUUACUGUAUGGAGAAGCCUACAUUACAUUGCUCUAUUUUGUAGUGACAAAUACAUACAUUUGUUUUGAGUUUAUUGCUUUGGGUGUUUAAUGUAAAUCGUGGCAGAAUUCUGUUGACUGCAUGCUCCUUUUACUGACUUAGCUAUACAAAGGUAAUAGACAAAUAUGUUUAGCCUUAACUAUAUUACCUUAAUUCCAUUUUCAUGUUGGUUUCCAGCUGUAUUUUUGGUAUUUCAUAUACAGAACUAUUUUACCAUGUUCAUGAAUUUAUUAAAUGAUCAAAUAUGGACCAUGUUGCUAGAUGAUGCGCUUACAAAUGCAUUAUUAGCAUCAGAGGAACUGGGCACAAUGCAACGUUCACUUGCUCAUUAAUGCAACACUUGAGUUGAAACAUUGUGUAAUCCAAAUUGAUAAGCACAAACUAAUCGUUGUGUAUUUUCCUGUGAUGCUGGAAGGUAUUUAUGGGCAUUUUGUUGCCUGGUAUAACACAAGAGUUAAAGUUAGCAGCCUCCAUUAGAUUUUCAACUUAGGUGUUGCUGGCUAGAUAUAGUGGGUCUGUAAGACAUUAUUUAGAUUAAGGGCCCAUUAUUAUAUGCCUCCUCUGUGAUGAAAGCAAUAAUAAUAUCAAUAUAAUCUGAAGCCACUGGAUUUACUACAACCCCCCCGAUUCAUUCUGUUUACUGAAUUCAUGACAUGAAAUCUGGUUUUCUCUCAAACACAUUGUAUGGUACCCGAUCUCUUCAGGAAUAAAGAUAUAACAUAACUGCUUAUUA